AUGACCAAAGACAGGUGAGCCGAUGGGGACCGCCCCGAUAUUAACUUUUUGCACUUUGCAGAUUGGCCGCUUUGAAAGCGGCGCAAUCGGAAGACGAACAAGAUGACGACAUGCACAUGGACACUGGCAAUGCACAGUACAUGGAGGAGUUCUUCGAGCAGGUCCGUCUGUUUAAACAAUUGAAUUUGACAAAAAAGAGAGAGAAAGAGAGAGAAAGAGAAAGAGAGAGAGAGAGAGAGAGAAAGAGAGAGAACGGAACUAUUUCGCAACAUGAGAGCAAGAGGAGAACCGAAUCGAAUAGCCAGUUUCCCAGGGGGUGCACCCAUCCGAUUGGAUAUUCAUAGCUCCCACACCACCGACCUUUUUCUCAAUUCAUGAGAUUCUAUGGAAUUCUCUCGGAUUGUUUUCACCCAAAAGUGGUCCCAAAGAAAACGUUUUUAGGUGGAAGAGAUACGUGGAAGUGUGGACAUUAUAGCGAACAAUGUGGAAGAGGUCAAGAAGAAACACUCGGCGAUUCUCUCGAAUCCUGUCAACGAUCAAAGUGAGCGCAUUUUGAAGGCAUUUUAGAAACGCCUGAAACCGGUUGAUUUCAGAGACGAAAGAGGAGUUGGACGAGCUGAUGGCAGUCAUCAAAAGGGCGGCGAAUAAAGUGCGCGGGAAGCUGAAAUUGAUCGAGAACGCGAUCGAACACGACGAGAAUCAGCAGGGCGGAAACGCGGAUCUCCGAAUCAGAAAAACACAGCACAGCACGCUCUCGCGUCGAUUUGUGGAAGUGAUGACGGAUUACAACAAGACGCAGACGGACUACCGAGAGAGGUGCAAGGGACGAAUUCAGAGACAACUUGACAUCGGUACCGCCGUAACCCUUCCGACAUCUUUAUCAUCUAAACUGUUUCAGCUGGAAAACAAGUGGGCGACGAGGAUCUCGAGGAAAUGAUCGAAAGCGGCAACCCGGGAGUGUUCACGCAAGGAAUCAUCACAGACACGCAACAAGCCAAGCAGACUCUCGCGGACAUCGAAGCACGACACAACGACAUCAUGAAGCUGGAGAGCAGCAUUCGCGAGUUGCACGACAUGUUCAUGGACAUGGCGAUGCUCGUCGAAUCUCAGGUAAUCCGAAUGAAUGAAUCCCUGCGGAAAGUCAUCGUUCGAUUCAGGGAGAGAUGGUCGAUCGGAUCGAGUAUAACGUGGAGCACGCGAAGGAAUUCGUCGAUCGUGCGGUCGCCGACACGAAGAAGGCGGUGCAAUACCAGUCGAAGGCGCGAAGGGUUUGUCUUUUACGUCUUCUUCUCCAGUAAACAUUGUGAACGAUCGCAUGCCGUGAGCCCGUUUCGCAAUUGGUAUUCGACGGCCCCCGCAGAACUAACCCAAUUGAAAACGGAAGGCUUCGUGUUUCGGUUUUGCAGAUGAAAUGCUAUAUAUUUGUGUUAAUUGUUCUCGUUGUGCUCGUCGUCGUCAUCGCCGUCGUCGUGUGGGUCGCCGUCUCGAACACGGCCACUUCCGUCGUCGUUCCCUCGUUUUCCUCCGCCAGUUCCUCACCGCAACGCUUUCGUGUUCGGUGAACGUUUCGGAGCCCCCCAUAUUUUCCGGUGUCUCUUGUACUGUGUCUGUGUCUAUCGUGAUUGUCCCCGUUCGUUUAUUCGUAUAUAUAUAUAUAUGCAUAUAUAUAAAUGUGCUCUUCACCCCUUAUUUGUGCUCUCUCUUUUUGCAGAAGAAGAUCAUCAUUUUGAUCGUCGUCACCGUCAUUAUCAUCAUUCUCUCCCUGAUGCUCAUCCAGUACAUUCCUGGAAUCUGAGCCCGCCCCAUUGUCUCUUAGUUUUUCCGCGGUGGUGGCCGAACACUUUCUAGGCCACCACAAAAAAUUCAAAAGAAGUUUUUUUUUCCUUCGAAACGGCUCCAAAAUGAACCAAAAUAAAGUAGAUAUAGGUAAAUAGAAGUACGACAGAAUUUCCCUUCCCGUUUUGUUCUUAUUUAUUAUUUAAUUUAUUACCUUCUCCCCCCAAGGCCUCUCAUCGCAAUACACAACCGCAUCUACAGUGAGUUCUCGUUGCGAAUGCAAAUGCGCUCCGCCGAACGGAUUACUGUAGCUCUCUUGUACUCUCACUGCCUUCUCCUCCUUUCGCGCUUUUCUCCCGUUUCAGACCAAGCAAUAGUUACUGUUUUCCCGUCUUUUCGCCCCCAAAUAGAAACGAUCUCGACAUUCCAUAAUUUCCCUUCGCUUUUCGCUGUGGGACCCACUUCUUACUGCAAGAAGUGCGCCCCCGCGUCACUAGACCCUUUUCCGAUGUUUCCUAUGUUUCCCUCACCUAACAAAACACCGAAUAAUAAUGGUUUUAAUUUAAUAAAUGUCACUACCGCUUCGUUCGAAGACGUCGCCGAUCCAAUUCAAUUUUCAGAAGAAGAUUUGCAUUCUCGUCACCGGAGUCGUUCUCAUCACUGGCCUCAUCAUUUUUAUCCUUUUCUAUGCGAAAGUUUUAUGA